CGCCGGCAAGGGGGCAAAGAGGAAGCUUUAUCGAAGCCGGAGAGAAGUUGAAAUUACAGACAUCCUGCCAAAAUGAUUUCUUCAAAGCCCAGACUUGUUGUUCCCUAUGGCCUCAAGACUCUGCUUGAGGGAGUUAGCAGAGCCAUUCUCAAAACCAAUCCAACAAACAUCACCCAGUUUGCAGCUGUUUAUUUUAAAGAACUCAUUGUGUUUAGAGAAGGGAAUUCGUCUCUGGAUAUAAAAGAUCUGAUUAAACAGUUUCACCAGAUGAAAGUAGAGAAAUGGGCAGAAGGAGUGACAGUGGAGAAGAAAGAAUGUAUCAAGGAACCUAUAAAAACACCUCCAGUUUCCUGCGAACCUACACGGAUGGAAAAAUCCACAGACACAGAGGAGGACAAUGUAGCUGGACCACUAUUUAGCAACAAAACCACUCAGUUUCCAUCAGUUCAUGCUGAACUACAGCCUGAGGAGACAAGUGAAGGAGCUUGGGGUCCUUCUGACAAACCAACUACUCCUAAGACGACCACCCCACCCUCAUCACCACCUCCAGCGCCUGUCUCUGCCGAGUAUGCCUAUGUCCCUGCUGACCCAGCUCAGUUUGCUGCUCAGAUGUUAGCGCUAGCAACAAGCGAAGCAGGACAACCACCACCAUAUUCUAAUAUGUGGACACUUUAUUGUCUAACUGAUAUGAAUCAACAAAGUCGCCCAUCACCGCCACCUGCACCUGGGCCUUUUCCCCAAGCAACCCUGUAUUUACCUAAUCCUAAGGAGCCACAGUUUCUGCAGAACCCACCGAAAGUCACUUCUCCAGCUUAUGUGAUGAUGGAUGACAGCAAGAAGACCAGUGCCCCACCUUUUAUAUUAGUAGGCUCAAAUGUUCAGGAAGCGCAGGAUUGGAACCCUCUUCCUGGACAUGCUGUUGUGUCACAGUCAGAUGCCUUGAAGAGAUAUGCUGCAGUGCAAGUGCCCAUUGCUGUUCCUGCAGAUCAGACAUUCCAGAGACCUGCCCCAAAUCCCCAGAAUGCUAGUCCUCCUACAAGUGGACAAGAUGGCCCCAGACCGCAAAGCCCAGUCUUUCUUUCUGUUGCUUUCCCAGUAGAAGAUGUAGCUAAAAAGAGUUCAGGAUCUGGUGACAAACGUACUCCCUUUGGAAGUUACGGUAUUGCUGGCGAGAUUACUGUGACUACUGCCCAUGUCCGCAGAGCAGAGCCUUAAAAGAGUAGGUAACCCUUCCUACUGUGACAUGUGGGAUGUGACACACUUGACCCUUCAACACUUAGAGGUUGGGCAUUCAUACACUUGAUAAAACAUGGGGGAUACUUAAGUUUAUGUGCUUGGCCUCUGACUAGAAUGUCCAGACAUCUUUGAGUACAUGGUAGAUUCUAAAAGAAUAGAAGUUUUCUUUAAAGUGAGGAUAAUUUUUAAGAAAUAGGGAGGAGCCAAGAUGAGCUACUGACUGUGUGUCCGCUCAAGAGGUUAAACAGAGGGGCUGAAGGAACAAUUGGCUUUUUUGAGAGACUAACUAUAUGUUCACAUAGCAGGUUGAACACAGAGAGGGCUGAAGUAAGAGUUGGGCAAUUUUAACAGUCAAUUUUUUAUUCUGCCAUCAGUGUAGACAGUGGGGUGAUUAAAGCAUGAAGCCCAGGGAGAAGACAAGCACUUUCUAUGAAGUGCUGCCAGGCGUGUGGCUUUAGUCGGCCAUUGUGAUCUUGGGGGGCUGAGAGGGAGGCAGUAUUUCAGUUGCAUGGCCAUGGUUCUAAUCACAACAACCUUCUGUUGUCAAGAGGUGGCCUCAGCAGGAAGUUCUAGGAUGUUUUUGAUUAGUAACACCAAGCAUGUAGCUCAGAUAUUUAAACAGUUCAAUGUCUCUUCAUUAACAGAUGCUGAAAAUGAUGCUGUUUGAUUCAGCAUUCAAGGUGGAGUUUGUCACCAUGUGAACUGUAUCAAUAAACUUCCUGCAAGCAUAAAA